UGCAAAAUAUUUCAUACAUUUAUAAUAAUCGUCUCAAACUGUAUAUCGAUAUGUGAUUAACAGUUGUUUCAAAUGGUUUUGUAUUCCCGUUGUGUAUGUGAGCGAAGACUGCUAUGAAAGUUAUGAUUAAAUUAUUAUAUAAAACAUUAUAUAAUAGUUGUAAUAAUAAUAUCGAGAAUAUAUCUAAAAAGCUAUGAAAUCUCUAAUAGUGUAGAGAUUAUUGAGUAAUACUUAUUGAGUUGUGCUCUAAAAGACGUCUCUUUUUAUGAAUGUAAGCAUUAAUGAUAUUGUAGUGCACAAAUUGGUUAACAAUUAUCACGAGUUAUCGAUUAAUUGUGUCGACAAUGGCUGCGGCGAUCAAAGCGGCGGUCAGCAAAAACAAGAUCAGAUACAAAGAGGACGGCUUUGAUCUCGACCUCUCAUAUAUAUCGCGAAACAUAGUGGCGAUGGGCUUUCCGGCCGAGACGUUGGAGCGCUUCUAUCGCAACCACAUCGACGAUGUCGUCCGCUUCUUCGAGACCAAACACAAGAAUAAUUACCAGAUCUAUAACCUCUGCGCUGAGAGUAAGCGCCGGUACGACACCUCCAAGUUCGGGUGCAAAGUGAUCGAGACGUACGCCUUCCAGGACCACAACCCGCCCCCCUUCGAGCUCUUGCAGCCCUUCUGCGAAGACGUGCACCGGUGGCUCACUCGCGACCAGAACAACGUGAUUGCCAUCCACUGCAAGGCCGGCAAAGGGCGCACCGGAGUCAUGAUCUGCGCGUAUCUGAUCCACGCGGGCGAGUGCGACAUCAGCGACUCGGGCGCCUCCGUCAAGAUCACGAGCGCUGAUAAAGCCCUCGAAUACUACGGCCGCCACCGGACGCACGACAUGAAGGGCGUCACGAUUCCCAGUCAGAAGCGGUACGUCUACUACUACGAAGAGCUCAUCAAACGCGAGCUCACCUACCAGUCCGAGCCGGUGAGGCUGACGGCUAUCCACUUGAAUACCAUACCGGUGUUCAACAGCGGCGGCGCCUAUACGUUGAUCUGCGAGAUAAUCCAAUUAACGCCUAAACUCAAGCUCAAGACCUACGAGAUUGAGGUGAAAAAGGGCUGCAAAAGUGUGUGUUAUGUGGUUCCCGACGAACUCGUGUUUAGGGCCGACAUUAAGAUGGAGUUCUUCGUCAAGAAUAAGUUGACGAAAGAGAAGAUCUUUCAGUUCUGUUUCAACACAUUCUUUGUGGUCAAUAACAGUAGGAGUGAUAGUAAUAGUUAUCAUAAUCACAAUAAUCAUGACUGUGUCCACCAAUACGGACCUAAUAGUAGUUCAUUAAGUGACGGACAAAAGUGUUUGACAUUCAGUAAUAAUAGUGAGUGCGUGUCGGCGGCAGACAAACCGGCCGUCCCCUUAGGGAACGGCUGCUCCAAUGGACAGGUGUUUAGUAAUCAACGCAAAUGCGGUUCGGAACGUAACAAAAGUAAUGGAAAGGAAUGGCAUUUAGUUUUGCCAAAAGACCAAUUGGACAAAGCGUACAAAGAUAAGGCCAAUCGCACGUUCACCGCAGACUUCAAGGUAUGG